AUGGAAAUAUGUUUGUUAUGUUGCAUUCCUUCCUUCCUUCCUUCCUUCCUUCCUUCCUUCCUUCCUUCCUUCCUUCCUUCCUUCCUUCCUCCCUCCCUCCCUCCCUCCCUCCGACCUGUAGAUCUGUUACCUCUGGACUUCCUGUCACGGGUCUUACCACCUGGCGGGGAGCCCCCCCUGCGUGAAGUGCACAUGGUCCAGUCCAGGGGGGCCCGGGGCUUGCAGCUAGCCGGCUCUCAGGAGGCCCUCAGCUUCCCCGCCUCGCAGCUCUUCACCAACUGUGACCACUUCCCUUCUGAGUUCUCCUUCGUGGUCACGCUCAAGAUCCCACGCCUUGCCAACAAGGUGAGGAACAGGAAGACUACAUGACGACAGAAACCACAACGACAGAAACCAGUUCUAAUAUACACUCUGAGUAUUGUAGUUCUAAUAUAGUUUUAAUAUAGUUCUAAUACACGCUCCUAGUAGAAUAGUUUUAAUAUACACUACCGGUCUAAAGCUUUAGAACACCUCCUCGUUCAAGGGUUUUUCUUUAUUUGUACUAUUUUCUACAUUGUAGAAUAAUAGUGAAGACAUCAAAACUAUGAAAUAACACAUAUGGAAUCAUGUAGUAACCAGAAAAGUGUUAAACAAAUCAAAAUAUAUUUUAUAUUUGAGAUUCUUCAAAUAGCCAUCCUUUGCCUUGAUGACAGCUUUGCACACUCUUGGCAUUCUCUCAACCAGCUUCAUGAGUUCUAAUCCUUCUUAAUGCAUUUGAGCCAAUCUGUUGUGUUGUGACAAGGUAGGGGGGUAUACUGAAGAUAGCCCUAUUUGGUAAAAGACCAAGUCCAUAUUAUGGCAAGAACAGCUCAAAUAAGCAAAGAGAAACAACAGUCCAUCAUUACUUUAAGACAUGAAGGUCAGUCAAUACUGAACAUUUCAAGAACUUUGAAAGUUUCUUCAAGUGCAGUCGCAAAACCAUCAACUGCUAUGAUGAAACUGGCUCUCAUGAGGACCGCCACAGGAAUGGAAGACCCAGAGUUACCUCUGCUGCAGAGGAUAAGUUCAUUAGUUACCAGCCUCAGAAAUUGCAGCCCAAACAAAUGCUUCACAGAGUUCAAGUAACAGACACUUCUCAACAUCAACUGUUGAGGAGACUGUAGGAAUCAGGCCUUCAUGGAAUUGCUGCAAAGAAACCACUACUAAAGGACACCAAUAAGAAGAAGAAGAAGAAGAGACUUGCUUGGGCCAAGAAACAUGAAAAUGUUUGUCCUUUGGUCUGGAGUCCAAAUUGGAGAUUUUUGGUUCCAACCGCCAUGUCUUUGUGAGACACGGUGUGGGUGAACGGAUGAUCUCUGCAUGUCUAUUUCCCACCGCAAAGAAUGGAGGAGGAGGUGUUAUGGUGUGGGGGUGCUUUGCUGGUGACACUGUCUGUGAUUUAUUUAAAAUUCAAGGCACACUUAACCAGCAUGGAUACCACAGCAUUCUGCAGCGAUACGCCAUCCCAUCUGGUUUGGGCUUAGUGAGACUAUCAUUUGUUCUUCAACAGGACAAUGACCCAACACACCUCCAGGCUGUGUAAGGGCUAUUUUACCAAGAAGGAGAGUGAUGGAGUGCUGCAUCAGAUGACCUGGCCUCUACAAUCCCCCGACCUCAACCAAAUUGAGAUGGUUUGGGAUGAGUCGGACCGCAGAGUGAAGGAAAAGCAGCCAACAAAUGCUCAGCAUAUGUGGGAACUCCUUCAAGACUGUUGGAAAAGCAUUCCAGGUGAAGCUGGUGGAGAGAAUGCCAAGACUGUGCAAAGCUGUCAUCAAAGCAAAUGGUGGCUAUUUGAAGAAUCUCAAAUAAUAAAUAUGUUUUGAUUUGUUUUAACACUUUUUCGGUUACUACAUGAUUCCAUAUGUGUUAUUUCAUAGUUUUGAUGUCUUCACUAUUAUUCUAGAAUGUAGAAGUAUGAAAAAUGUAUGAACUCACUAACUGUAAGUCGCUCUGGAUAAGAGCGUCUGAUAAAUGACUUAAAUGUAAAUGUAAAUGUAGAAAAUAGUAAAAAUAAAGAAAAACCCUUGAAUGAGUAGGUGUUCUAAAUAUUUUGACUGGUAGUAUAGUAUCUGUUAGUGUCUCUCCCUCAGUGUAUCCUGGGUGUAUCUGUCCUGUUGGUCAGUAUCUCUCCCUCAGUGUAUCUGUCCUGUUGGUCAGUAUCUCUCCCUCAGUGUAUCCUGGGUGUAUCUGUCCUGGUGGUCAGUAUCUCUCCCUCAGUGUAUCUGUCCUCUUGGUCAGUAUCUCUCCCUCAGUGUAUCCUGGGUGUAUCUGUCCUGUUGGUCAGUAUCUCUCCCUCAGUGUAUCCUGGGUGUAUCUGUCCUGUUGGUCAGUAUCUCUCCCUCAGUGUAUCUGUCCUGUUGGUCAGUGUCUCUCCCUCAGUGUAUCCUGGGUGUAUCUGUCCUGUUGGUCAGUAUCUCUCCCUCAGUGUAUCUGUCCUGUUGGUCAGUAUCUCUCCCUCAGUGUAUCUGUCCUGUUGGUCAGUGUCUCUCCCUCAGUGUAUCCUGGGUGUAUCUGUCCUGUUGGUCAGUAUCUCUCCCUCAGUGUAUCUGUCCUGUUGGUCAGUAUCUCUCCCUCAGUGUAUCUGUCCUGUUGGUCAGUAUCUCUCCCUCAGUGUAUCUGUCCUGUUGGUCAGUAUCUCUCCCUCAGUGUAUCUGUCCUGUUGGUCAGUAUCUCUCCCUCAGUGUAUCUGUCCUGUUGGUCAGUAUCUCUCCCUCAGUGUAUCCUGGGUGUAUCUGUCCUGUUGGUCAGUAUCUCUCCCUCAGUGUAUCUGUCCUGUUGGUCAGUAUCUCUCCCUCAGUGUAUCUGUCCUGUUGGUCAAUAUCUCUCCCUCAGUGUCUCUGUCCUGUUGGUCAGUAUCUCUCCCUCAGUGUAUCUGUCCUGUUGGUCAGUAUCUCUCCCUCAGUGUAUCUGUCCUCUUGGUCAGUAUCUCUCCCUCAGUGUAUCCUGGGUGUAUCUGUCCUGUUGGUCAGUAUCUCUCCCUCAGUGUAUCCUGGGUGUAUCUGUCCUGUUGGUCAGUAUCUCUCCCUCAGUGUAUCUGUCCUGUUGGUCAGUAUCUCUCCCUCAGUGUAUCCUGGGUGUAUCUGUCCUGUUGGUCAGUAUCUCUCCCUCAGUGUACAGUGGGGGAAAAAAGUAUUUAGUCAGCCACCAAUUGUGCAAGUUCUCCCACUUAAAAAGAUGAGAGAGGCCUGUAAUUUUCAUCAUAGGUACACAUCAACUAUGACCAGUGGCGGCUCCUGAAAAAAUUCUCAGGGGGGGCAAUUUUUCUGAUGAUUUAGGUGACCUACACACAUUUUAAAAAAGAUAUGUCCAGCAACAACAUGAAGACAGGGGCAGCAUAUAAGUCAAUACCAGAAGCAUUUAUUGACUGAUCUCAAAAGUGUUGGCUUACCAGGGUUGGUGGAGCCCUCAGUUUCAUCUUUGCCUCGCAAAGCUAACUCAAACACUCCGCAAAACUUCACACACUGGAUUAGCCGGCUGAGGAUGUGGCGGUUCUUGCUAAUGUCGUAGUAAAUAUAUUUGUUAUAGUGAAUAUGGAAUAUGAUAUGUUGAGUAAAAUGUUGUGCUAAGAUCUAUUUAGGUCAGGAGCUGGUUAUAAGUUCUGUUCCUAUCCAAUAACAAUGGACAAAAGGGUCCUAUCUUGUCAGCCUUGUCAGUUUCAGUUCUCCAGUAAACUUGUGAUUAUCAACACUAACCUCAUCGUUGUGGCGGCGGACAGCUAGCCUGUAUCCCUCAUCCAGUUGAGUGGGAAUGUUCACUCUCCCCAAAGCAGACAAUCUCAAACAGCUAUCCAUGUGGGUCUUUGACAGCUCAUGUUUCUUAAUCUUUCCUGAAAGAUGGUGCAUGUCCGUUACACACCAGUCGCUGUCCAAGCGGUGCUGUCUGCCGUGCCGCCUUCAGGGUGAAAGAGUAAGCAGGGGGUAGCAGAAGACUGCAUUAGCUACAUCGCAGCCUGCUAGCCAGGUUUUUCGUUCGUACCAAUUUUUGGAAAAUCCUCGGGUGUAGGACUUCCCCCCUUUAGUAGAAACCUGUUGAAUUAUUAAAUUUGGUCUGGGAGGUCCUAAUUGUUUCGUUGCCAAUUUAUCUUCAUUUGUUCGCCGACAAAAAGGAACUUCUUUCAAAGACACAAUCGAGUUGCACUGAAGCCUAGCCAUUUUGAUAGAAGUAGUGAAUUGAUUGACGCUGCUACCCGCUCUUUUCUUAGUUACGUUCAUGGUUAUAUGUUACGUAUGACGAAAGCGCGUAAGUGCAAGCCCUCAGAAACCAAUAGAGAUUGUAUUGAAAGCUCUGAUAUUUGAAAAAAAUAGAUUUUACAUGGGAGUCUAUGACAGACUUCUGGGCGAUUUUCAACCUGACUGAAAUCGCCCCAAAAGGGGGGGGGGGCCAUUUGAAGCACGACUUUAGCCUGAUUGGACAUUUAGUGGCACUGUGGCAGAUCAGACGUCUAGAUUACAACACUGAUAACUACUGUUGCCGUGAUAUAAUUGAUUAGAAAAAAAAUCCCUUCCUUUUCCCGUUUGGCAGUGCGUCGCCCAUAUCGCCCUAUUGAACACACCGCCCCUGACUAUGACAGACAUAAUGAGAAAAGAAAAUCCAGAAAAUCACAUUGUAGGAUUUUUUAUGAAUUUAUUUGCAAAUUAUGGUGGAAAAUAAGUAUUUGGUCAAUAACAAAAGUUUCUCAAUACUUUGUUAUAUAACCUUUGUUGGCAAUGACACAGGUCAAACGUUUUCUGUAAGUCUUCACAAGGUUUUCACACACUGUUGCUUGUAUUUUGGCCCAUUCCUCCAUGCAGAUCUCCUCUAGAGCAGUGAUGUUUUGGGGCUGUCGCUGGGCAACACGGACUUUCAACUCCCUCCAAAGAUUUUCUAUGGGGUUGAGAUCUGGAGUCUGGCUAGGCCACUCCAGGACCUUGAAAUGCUUCUUACGAACCCACUCGUUGCCCGGGCGGUGUGUUUGGGAUCAUUGUCAUGCUGAAAGACCCAGCCACGUUUCAUCUUCAAUGCCCUUGCUUAUGGAAGGAGGUUUUCACUCAAAUUCUCACGAUACAUGUCCCUUUGCAGAAAAACAGCCCCAAAGCAUGAUGUUUACACACCCAUGCUUCACAGUAGGUAUGGUGUUCUUUGGAUGCAACUCAGCAUUCUUUGUCCUCCAAACACGACGAGUUGAGUUUUUACCAAAAAGUUCUAUUUUGGUUUCAUCUGACCAUAUGACAUUCUCCCAAUCCUCUUCUGGAUCAUCCAAAUGCACUCUAGCAAACUUCAGACGGGCCUGGACAUGUACUGGCUUAAGCAGGGGGACACGUCUGGCACUGCAGGAUUUGAGUCCCUGGCGGCGUAGUGCGUUACUGAUGGUAGGCUUUGUUACUUUGGUCCCAGCUCUCUGCAGGUCAUUCACUAGGUCCCCCCGUGUGGUUCUGGGAUUUUUGCUCACUGUUCUUGUGAUCAUUUUGACCCCACGGGGUGAGAUCUUGCGUGGAGCCCCAGAUCGAGGGAGAUUAUCAGUGGUCUUGUAUGUCUUCCAUUUCCUAAUAAUUGCUCCCACAGUUGAUUUCUUCAAACCAUGCUGCUUACCUAUUGCAAAUUCAGUCUUCCCAGCCUGGUGCAGGUCUACAAUUUUGUUUCUGUUGUCCUUUGACAGCUCUUUGGUCUUGGCCAUAGUGGAGUUUGGAGUGUGACUGUUUGAGGUUGUGGACAGGUGUCUUUUAUACUGAUAACAAGUUCAAACAGGUGCCAUUAAUACAGGUAACGAGUGGAGGACAGAGGAGCCUCUUAAAGAAGAAGUUACAGGUCUGUGAGAGCCAGAAAUCUUGCUUGUUUGUAGGUGACCAAAUACUUAUUUUCCACCAUAUUUUGCAAAUAAAUUCAUAAAAAAUCCUACAAUGUGAUUUUCUGGAUUUUUUUUCUCAAUUUGUCUGUCAUAGUUGACGUGUACCUAUGAUGAAAAUUACAGGCCUCUCUCAUCUUUUUAAGUGGGAGAACUUGCACAAUUGGUGGCUGACUAAAUACUUUUUUCCCCCACUGUAUCUGUCCUGUUGGUCAGUAUCUCUCCCUCAGUGUAUCCUGGGUGUCUCUGUCCUGUUGGUCAGUAUCUCUCCCUCAGUGUCUCUGUCCUGUUCGUCAGUAUCUCUCCCUCAGUGUAUCUGUCCUGUUGGUCAGUGUCUCUCCCUCAGUGUAUCUGUCCUGUUGGUCAGUAUCUCUCCCUCAGUGUAUCUGUCCUGUUGGUCAGUAUCUCUCCCUCAGUGUAUCCUGGGUGUCUCUGUCCUGUUGGUCAGUAUCUCUCCCUCAGUGUCUCUGUCCUGUUCGUCAGUAUCUCUCCCUCAGUGUAUCUGCCCUGUUGGUCAGUGUCUCUCCCUCAGUGUAUCUGUCCUCUUGGUCAGUAUCUCUCCCUCAGUGUAUCUGUCCUGUUGGUCAGUAUCUCUCCCUCAGUGUAUCCUGGGUGUAUCUGUCCUGUUGGUCAGUGUCUCUCCCUCAGUGUAUCCUGGGUGUAUCUGUCCUGUUGGUCAGUGUCUCUCCCUCAGUGUAUCCUGGGUGUAUCUGUCCUGUUGGUCAGUAUCUCUCCCUCAGUGUAUCUGUCCUGUUGGUCAGUAUCUCUCCCUCAGUGUAUCCUGGGUGUAUCUGUCCUGUUGGUCAGUAUCUCUCCCUCAGUGUAUCUGUCCUGUUGGUCAGUAUCUCUCCCUCAGUGUAUCUGUCCUGUUGGUCAGUAUCUCUCCCUCAGUGUAUCUGUCCUGUUGGUCAGUAUCUCUCCCUCAGUGUAUCUGUCCUGUUGGUCAGUAUCUCUCCCUCAGUGUAUCUGUCCUGUUGGUCAGUAUCUCUCCCUCAGUGUAUCUGUCCUGUUGGUCAGUAUCUCUCCCUCAGUGUAUCUGUCCUGUUGGUCAGUAUCUCUCCCUCAGUGUAUCCUGGGUGUAUCUGUCCUGUUGGUCAGUAUCUCUCCCUCAGUGUAUCUGUCCUGUUGGUCAGUGUCUCUCCCUCAGUGUAUCUGUCCUGUUGGUCAGUAUCUCUCCCUCAGUGUAUCCUGGGUGUAUCUGUCCUGGUGGUCAGUAUCUCUCCCUCAGUGUAUCUGUCCUGUUGGUCAGUAUCUCUCCCUCAGUGUAUCCUGGGUGUAUCUGUCCUGUUGGUCAGUAUCUCUCCCUCAGUGUAUCUGUCCUGUUGGUCAGUGUCUCUCCCUCAGUGUAUCUGUCCUGGUGGUCAGUAUCUCUCCCUCAGUGUAUCUGUCCUGUUGGUCAGUAUCUCUCCCUCAGUGUAUCCUGGGUGUAUCUGUCCUGUUGGUCAGUAUCUCUCCCUCAGUGUAUCUGUCCUGUUGGUCAGUGUCUCUCCCUCAGUGUAUCUGUCAUGUUGGUCAGUAUCUCUCCCUCAGUGUAUCUGUCCUGUUGGUCAGUAUCUCUCCCUCAGUGUAUCUGUCCUGUUGGUCAGUGUCUCUCCUUCAUACUGUAUGUCCUGUCUCCUGUCCUCCAGAGGAACGAGUACAUCUUCUCGUUGGUGGAGGAGGAGUCAGACCGGCUGCUGAUUGGUCUACGUGUCUCUCAGGAGAGGCUCCACUUCCUGUUCCAGGGCCCGACAGGCAGGAAACAAAUCACGUUUAGGGAGGUGCGGCUGGCGGACAACCACUGGCACACGGUGGUGGUAGCCAUCACCGGGCGCUACGCUACACUCAGUGUGGACUGUGGCAUGGCCCUGGAGCUGUGAGUCACUCACAUACACACACGCACACGCACACACACGUACACACGCACGCACGCACACACGCACACACACACACACACACACACGCACGCACGCACGCACGCGCACGCACGCGCGCGCACACACACACACACACACACACACACACACACACACACACACACACAUACACAUACACACACACACACACACACACAUACACAUACACAUACACAUACACAUACACAUACAUACACACAUACGCACACACACACACGCACGCACACACACACACAUUUACAUUUACAUUUACAUUUUAGUCAUUUAGCAGACGCUCUUAUCCAGAGCGACUUACAGGAGCAAUUAGGGUUAAGUGCCUUGCUCAAGGGCACAUCGACAGAUUUUUCACCUAGACGGCUCGGGGAUUAGAACCAGCGACCUUUUGGUUACUGGCACAACACGCACACACACACACACACACACACACGCACACGCACACGCACACGCACACACUUUGACACCCUUCUUUAAAAUGAGGCUUUUUGUUCUCCACCCAGGGUCUAUGAGAAGCCUUUCCCCAGUGAUCUCAGCACCGCCAACUCCAGGUUCUACAUUGGCAGCAGGAGGAGGUGGAAAGGACUGUUCUCUGUGAGUUUCUCUCUUCAUUGUCCUCAUGCAUGCUUUAAGCCUGGUCCCCAGAUCUGUUUGCGUUGCCUUGCCAACUCAUAAUGGGGGAAUUCCAACCCGAGUUAAGGAAUGGAACGUCAUUCCUUUUUGAUGCACUUUUCUCUCUACUCUAUUCUGACCUUGAACUGAAGCCCCAUGGUCCCUGGCCCCAUGGCCCCCAGCCCCUGGCCCCCGACCCCUGGUCCCCGGCCCCCAGCCCCCAGCCCCCAGCCCCUGGCCCCCAGCCCCUGGUCCCCUGGCCGCCAGCCCCUGGUCCCCUGGUCCCCUGGUCCCCUGGCCCCCAGCCCCUGGUCCCCUGGCCCCCAGCCCCUGGUCCCCUGGCCCCCAGCCCCCGGUCCCCUGGCCCCCAGCCCCCAGCCCCCGGCCCCUGGCCCCCAGCCCCUGGUCCCCUGGCCCCCAGCCCCUGGUCCCCUGGCCCCCAGCCCCCAGCCCCCAGCCCCCGGCCCCUGGCCCCCAGCCCCCAGCCCCCAGCCCCUGGUCCCCUGGCCGCCAGCCCCUGGUCCCCUGGUCCCCUGGCCCCUGGUCCCCUGGCCCCCAGCCCCCAGCCCCUGGUCCCCUGGCCCCCUGGCCCCCAGCCCCCAGCCCCCAGCCCCCAGCCCCUGGUCCCCUGGCCCCCAGCCCCUGGUCCCCUGGCCCCCAGCCCCUGGUCCCCUGGCCCCCAGCCCCUGGUCCCCUGGCCCCCAGCCCCUGGUCCCCGGCCCCCAGCCCCCGGUCCCCGGCCCCUGGCCCCCAGCCCCUGGUCCCCGGCCCCCAGCCCCUGGUCCCCGGCCCCCGGCCCCUGGCGGUGUGGUGGAGGUGUGUCUACAGAUACGCCGUAUUCUGACAUUGACUUAAUUCCCUCAUAAGUCCACCACCUUUACGUGAGAGGAAACCAUGAAUCAGGUCAAGCGAACCUGACGGUUCCAAGUAGAAAAAGCAUCAACUUUCGUUUUUCAGAUAGAAAUAACACCAUUCUCCUUGCGCUGUAAUUGUGAUAAGAGCUACGUAAAUUAGUAAUCCGUUUGGAUAAGGGAAUUGUAAAUAUACAUUACACUUGUUUUAGAUCUAUUUUACCUUAUAAUCACUGGAGACAAAUGUGAACCAAGUCAAAUGGCAGCAAACUGAAGAAUAUCAACAUUCCCACAGUAAAGUUGAUGAAAUGCUGUUCCAUUAUGCAGAAUUUAAAUUGUCCAACCUUUUAACUUGCAGGGAUGGGCACUCUCGAAAGUCUUAAUUAUAGUCUACCCCGACUUUCUUUGUUUCCUAUUUCUAUCAUGAUAAAUAUUAGCCACAAUCAGUAUCAACCGUCAGUCAAUAAAAACACAUUCAACUGCCAAUUUACUGUUAGUUCCCUUCAGUUGGUAUAGGCUACAUUAUCAUUCCAUUUAAUUACAUUGUUAGUUCCCUUCAGUUGGUACAGCCUACAUUAUCAUUCCAUUUAAUUACAUUGUUAGUUCCCUUCAGUUGGUAUAGGCUACAUUAUCAUUCCAUUUAAUUACAUUGUUAGUUCCCUUCAGUUGGUAUAGGCUACAUUAUCAUUCCAUUUAAUUACAUUGUUAGUUCCCUUCAGUUGGUAUAGGCUACAUUAUCAUUCCAUUUAAUUACAUUGUUUAGUUGACCUUCAUUUGCUCCCUUUCUAAACCCCGUCAUGGCUUUGUGGUUGUUGCUGAGGAUCAUUAGUAACAGUUGAUUAUGUAUAUAUAUUAAAGACAUGUAGGCUAAUUAAAUAAUUAUGGAGCGCAUCCCAAGCCUUGACAGUGUGACCCCGACGCAUGGUGCAAUACUUGGCCGUGUCUUCACAGUCCCAUGGUUAGUGCAGGCUAGUGCUGAGCGAUUAGUGCUUUUUGAGGUCGGUUUGGUUUCGGGUUCCAAUACUUAAAAAAUAAUCACGGUUUUCGAUUUCGGUUUCUUUUUAAAGACGUAAUGCAAUAAAUAUGAAAUAUGAAAUAAUGACGUUCCUAUGAUUUUAGAGUUUUUUAAUGGAGAUUCCAAAGCCAAAAAUAGUUAACAUUGAAUUGCCAAAACAUUCAAAAUAUUCCAUUGUAUCUGAUCAGGUCCACAUUCGGUAGAAACCUAGGAAAUUACAAUGUAUAUUACUUCGUUUUUUUAAAUGACUUUAUUAUUUUUCAUUCCUUAAAGUCAUCAUCUCAUCUCUGCUCAGGCAGUAGCAGUCAGCCAGGGAGACCAUCUGACGUUAUGUGCUUCCAAUACUGUUUGGUCUUAGUCAUCCUAUUUAGCUAGCCUGCCUAAGCAUGCUGCAGAGCUGUCUGACAAUCAUUUUACUUGUUCUUCAAAGUAGAUCAGCCAUACUUUCACGAACUGUCUCUGUCCCUCUGGUCAUUGUGUACAUUCCUCUCUCAUGCGGUCCGUGUGUAUCUAAUCUAACGUAGCAGGCGUAAAAGUGUAUCCGUCCAGAGAUCUGUAUAUAAUAACGAGAUGCUCAUGUCUCCGCCCUCACAAUGGGAGUUGUUGUCCAAAAGGCGGGAAGGCAGGCGACAAGCUUAGGUCCAAAAUGACCAUAUCGAAAUGCAUUGGGCUUAUUUUGGACAGAUUUGGGCGAGAGUGAAACCUCUCGCUUUGCCUCUUCCUCUCUGAUCCAUUUUAGCUGGAAAAAACUGGCGCAAUGGAUUAUGGUCAUUGUAGUUCAUUACCACGUUUCUGAGCUGAACCAGGUUGAAUGUUUGCUUAAUGAAAACUACAACUCUCUUCAGACCAGCGUCCCGCAUAGUUCUUGACUUGAUUUCUUUCGUGAAUGAUUUGAUUUAUCUCUAGAAAAACGGAUGGGCUCACAAAAAAAACGAACUAAAUGGAAUUCAAGUAAUUGAACCGACAUCACUCAAUUAGUUGUUUAAUAACCCCCCCAAAAAUGUAAUGUUGGUUAAUCGCUCAGCACUAGUGCAGGCAAUAGAUGAGGGUAUAGCCAACUAAUGUACACUAUGCUCCCUAUUAUAAUUCUAUGUACACUAAUCUUCCAAUAUUACCAUGGGUUGAAUAACUAGAGAGAGUACAUAAAAAAAUAAAAAAUAAAACUAAAUGUGGCAAUUUUCAAAAUGAAUCAAACCACCAUUUUUUAAAUGAUUCAUAAAUACUAACCUAAAUAAUCUACAAUAUCAGAGUAUUUUUUAAUCUACCAAUUCGUGCUGAAACGGAGACGAAUAUGCAUAUAUUUAGAUGUCUUUCUUUCAUUAAUCCCUGAUAUUCUGAAACCGUUCUCUUGAUAUAGUCUAUUGAGUCUGUCGUCAAAAUUCUAACUAAAAGUUACACCGUAUUGAAAGGGAUGGCUUAAGAUCAAUGUACUGAAAUUGGGAGGGUUUUCAGCAGUUGAAUGAAAUGUAUUUAGAGCCUGCAGAGGGAGUUACGUGACUGAAUAAGGUAAGUCUGAAUACCAAAUACAGAGAAGAGUGUAGGAAAGCCGUAGGAAAGCCGUAGGAAAGCCAUAGGAAAGCCGUAGGAAAGCCGUAGGAAAGCCGUAGGAAAGCCGUAGGAAAGCCAUAGGAAAGCCGUAGGAAAGCCGUAGGAAAGCCGUAGGAAAGCCAUAAGAAAGCCGUAGGAAAGGCGUACAUCCCCUAAGUCUGAAUCGGCCCCAUGGUCAUUGUCACAUAGCAAAACAACCCAAAGGACCAGUCUAGUCCAGUGACGCCUUAGAGGAGAGCGACUGUCUGUAAACCAGAGAGAUUCUCAUGUUGAACGGCUAAACACAGCCUCUCUCUAUGGCAGGGGAACAUUACCCAUAACUAACAGCUCUCUCUAUGGCAGGGAACAUUACCCAUAACUAACAGCUCUCUCUAUGGCAGGGAACAUUACCCAUAACUAACAGCUCUCUCUAUGGCAGGGGAACAUUACCCAUAACUAACAGCUCUCUCUAUGGCAGGGAACAUUACCCAUAACUAACAGCUCUCUCUAUGGCAGGGAACAUUACCCAUAACUAACAGCUCUCUCUAUGGCAGGGGAACAUUACCCAUAACUAACAGCUCUCUCUAUGGCAGGGAAACAUUACCCAUAACUAACAGCUCUCUCUAUGGCAGGGGAACAUUACCCAUAACUAACAGCUCUCUCUAUGGCAGGGGAACAUUACCCAUAACUAACAGCUCUCUCUAUGGCAGGGGAACAUUACCCAUAACUAACAGCUCUCUCUAUGGCAGGGAACAUUACCCAUAACUAACAGCUCUCUCUAUGGCAGGGAACAUUACCCAUAACUAACAGCUCUCUCUAUGGCAGGGGAACAUUACCCAUAACUAACAGCUCUCUCUAUGGCAGGGAACGUUACCCAUAACUAACAGCUCUCUCUAUGGCAGGGGAACAUUACCCAUAACUAACAGCUCUCUCUAUGGCAGGGGAACAUUACCCAUAACUAACAGCUCUCUCUAUGGCAGGGGAACAUUACCCAUAACUAACAGCUCUCUCUAUGGCAGGGGAACAUUACCCAUAACUAACAGCUCUCUCUCUAUGGCAGGGGAACAUUACCCAUAACUAACAGCUCUCUCUAUGGCAGGGGAACAUUACCCAUAACUAACAGCUCUCUCUCUAUGGCAGGGGAACAUUACCCAUAACUAACAGCUCUCUCUAUGGCAGGGAACAUUACCCAUAACUAACAGCUCUCUCUCUAUGGCAGGGAACAUUACCCAUAACUAACAGCUCUCUCUCUAUGGCAGGGAACAUUACCCAUAACUAACAGCUCUCUCUCUAUGGCAGGGAACAUUACCCAUAACUAACAGCUCUCUCUAUGGCAGGGGAACAUUACCCAUAACUAACAGCUCUCUCUAUGGCAGGGAACAUUACCCAUAACUAACAGCUCUCUCUAUGGCAGGGAACAUUACCCAUAACUAACAGCUCUCUCUAUGGCAGGGGAACAUUACCCAUAACUAACAGCUCUCUCUCUAUGGCAGGGGAACAUUACCCAUAACUAACAGCUCUCUCUAUGGCAGGGGAAACAUUACCCAUAACUAACAGCUCUCUCUCUAUGGCAGGGGAACAUUACCCAUAACUAACAGCUCUCUCUCUAUGGCAGGGGAACAUUACCCAUAACUAACAGCUCUCUCUAUGGCAGGGGAACAUUACCCAUAAACUAACAGCUCUCUCUAUGGCAGGGGGAACAUUACCCAUAACUAACAGCUCUCUCUCUAUGGCAGGGGAACAUUACCCAUAACUAACAGCUCUCUCUCUAUGGCAGGGGAACAUUACCCAUAACUAACAGCUCUCUCUAUGGCAGGGGAACAUUACCCAUAACUAACAGCUCUCUCUAUGGCAGGGGAACAUUACCCAUAACUAACCGCUCUCUCUCUAUGGCAGGGGAACAUUACCCAUAACUAACAGCUCUCUCUCUAUGGCAGGGGAACAUUACCCAUAACUAACAGCUCUCUCUAUGGCAGGGGAACAUUACCCAUAACUAACAGCUCUCUCUCUAUGGCAGGGGAACAUUACCCAUAACUAACAGCUCUCUCUAUGGCAGGGGAACAUUACCCAUAACUAACAGCUCUCUCUAUGGCAGGGGAACAUUACCCAUAACUAACAGCUCUCUCUAUGGCAGGGGGAACAUUACCCAUAACUAACAGCUCUCUCUAUGGCAGGGAACAUUACCCAUAACUAACAGCUCUCUCUAUGGCAGGGAACAUUACCCAUAACUAACAGCUCUCUCUAUGGCAGGGAACAUUACCCAUAACUAACAGCUCUCUCUAUGGCAGGGAACAUUACCCAUAACUAACAGCUCUCUCUAUGGCAGGGAACAUUACCCAUAACUAACAGCUCUCUCUAUGGCAGGGAACAUUACCCAUUACUAAUAUUCCUCUCUCUAUGGCAGGGGAACAUUACCCAUAACUAACAGCUCUCUCUCUAUGGCAGGAAACAUUACCCAUAACUAACAGCUCUCUCUAUGGCAGGGAACAUUACCCAUUACUAAUAUUCCUCUCUCUAUGGCAGGGGAACAUUAUCCAUAACUAACAGCUCUCUCUAUGGCAGGGGAACAUUACCCAUAACUAACAGCUCUCUCUAUGGCAGGGAACAUUACCCAUAACUAACAGCUCUCUCUAUGGCAGGGGAACAUUACCCAUAACUAACAGCUCUCUCUAUGGCAGGGGAACAUUACCCAUAACUAACAGCUCUCUCUAUGGCAGGGGAACAUUACCCAUAACUAACAGCUCUCUCUAUGGCAGGGGAACAUCACCCAUAACUAUCAGCUCUCUCUAUGGCAGGGGAACAUUACCCAUAACUAACAGCUCUCUCUAUGGCAGGGAACAUUACCCAUAACUAACAGCUCUCUCUAUGGCAGGGGAACAUUACCCAUAACUAACACCCCUCUCUCUAUGGCAGGGAACAUUACCCAUAACUAACAGCUCUCUCUCUAUGGCAGGGGAACAUUACCCAUAACUAACAGCUCUCUCUAUGGCAGGGGAACAUUACCCAUAACUAACAGCUCUCUCUAUGGCAGGGGAACAUUACCCAUAACUAACAUCCCUCUCUCUAUGGCAGGGGAACAUUACCCAUAACUAACAGCUCUCUCUAUGGCAGGGGAACAUUACCCAUAACUAACAUCCCUCUCUCUAUGGCAGGGAACAUUACCCAUAACUAACAGCUCUCUCUCUAUGGCAGGGGAACAUUACCCAUAACUAACAUCCCUCUCUCUAUGGCAGGGGAACAUUACCCAUAACUAACAGCUCUCUCUCUAUGGCAGGGGAACAUUACCCAUAACUAACAGCUCUCUCUCUAUGGCAGGGGAACAUUACCCAUAACUAACAGCUCUCUCUAUGGCAGGGGAACAUUACCCAUAACUAACCGCUCUCUCUAUGGCAGGGGAACAUUACCCAUAACUAAUAUUCCUCUCUCUAUGGCAGGGAACAUUACCCAUAACUAACAGCUCUCUCUAUGGCAGGGAACAUUACCCAUAACUAACAGCUCUCUCUCUAUGGCAGGGGAACAUUACCCAUAACGAUCAGCUCUCUCUCUAUGGCAGGGAACAUUAUCCAUAACUAACAGCUCUCUCUAUGGCAGGGGAACAUUACCCAUAACUAACCGCUCUCUCUAUGGCAGGGGAACAUUACCCAUAACUAACCGCUCUCUCUAUGGCAGUGGAACAUUACCCAUAACUAAUAUUCCUCUCUCUAUGGCAGGGAACAUUACCCAUAACUAACAGCUCUCUCUAUGGCAGGGGACAUUACCCAUAACUAACCGCUCUCUCUAUGGCAGGGGAACAUUACCCAUAACUAACCGCUCUCUCUAUGGCAGUGGAACAUUACCCAUAACUAAUAUUCCUCUCUCUAUGGCAGGGAACAUUACCCAUAACUAACAGCUCUCUCUAUGGCAGGGGACAUUACCCAUAACUAACAGCUCUCUCUCUAUGGCAGGGAACAUUACCCAUAACGAUCAGCUCUCUCUAUAUAUAAAAGGGUCUGUUACUCACUCUCUCUCUCUCUCUCUCUCUCUCUCUCUCUCAGGGUCUGCUGCGACAGCUGGUUCUGUUGCCUGGUUCAGACGCUACCUCCAGAGUUUGUCCCUCUUCAGACCCCAUACUGGCAGUCCUCUCUGUCCCUCAGGCCCUGCUCACCAUGCCCAUCACACCCACUGGGAACAACAUAGUCCCUCUGUAUCCUUAUGGUGAGUAGAGAUUAUAUACUACCCUCUAUCCUUAUGGUGAGUAGAGAUGAUAUACUACCCUCUAUCCUCUGUAUCCUUAUGGUGAGUAGAGAUAAUAUACUACCCUCUAUCCUUAUGGUGAGUAGAGAUAAUAUACUACCCUCUAUCCUCUGUAUCCUUAUGGUGAGUAGAGAUAAUAUACUACCCUCUAUCCUCUGUAUCCUUAUGGUGAGUAGAGAUAAUAUACUACCCUCUAUCCUCUGUAUCCGUAUGGUGAGUAGACCUAUGGACGGUUUUGCGUUGAGCUCUCCAAAACAAUCACAAUCUUCCUGGUGGAUGAUUCUCUCUGUCCCUCCAUGACUGGCUGGGUUUAGGGUUGGGUUGUAGCUGUAAAUAGUUGGGUUGUGAUGGUAUGGUGAACAGGGUAACUGUAUCAGUGAGUUGAGUCAGUGGUUGUGAUGGUAUGGUGAACAGGGUAACUGUAUCAGUGAGUUGAGUCAGUGGUUGUGAUGGUAUGAUGAACAGGGUAACUGUAUCAGUGAGUUGAGUCAGUGGUUGUGAUGGUAUGGUGAACAGGGUAACUGUAUCAGUGAGUUGAGUCAGUGGUUGUGAUGGUAUGGUGAACAGGGUAACUUUAUCAGUGAGUUGAGUCAGUGGUUGUGAUGGUAUGGUGAACAGGGUAACUGUAUCAGUGAGUUGAGUCAGUGGUUGUGAUGGUAUGGUGAACAGGGUAACUGUAUCAGUGAGUUGAGUCAGUGGUUGUGAUGGUAUGGUGAACAGGGUAACUGUAUCAGUGAGUUGAGUCAGUGGUUGUGAUGGUAUGGUGAACAGGGUAACUGUAUCAGUGAGUUGAGUCAGUGGUUGUGAUGGUAUGGUGAACAGGGUAACUGUAUCAGUGAGUUGAGUCAGUGGUUGUGAUGGUAUGGUGAACAGGGUAACUGUAUCUGUGAGUUGAGUCAGUGGUUGUGAUGGUAUGGUGAACAGGGUAACUGUAUCUGUGAGUUGAGUCAGUGGUUGUGAUGGUAUGGUGAACAGGGUAACUGUAUCAGUGAGUUGAGUCAGUGGUUGUGAUGGUAUGGUGAACAGGGUAACUGUAUCUGUGGUUGUGAUGGUAUGUAGGGUCAGGUGUUUCAUGUGAAAACACAGUGAGGGGACUAGCCUGUUGUGUAUACUGCAGCUCUGCUGAUUAACAUGGUGCAGGCUCAAAUCACCUAUUCCAUAUACAGUGCAUUCAGAAAGUAUUCAGACCCCUUGACUUUUUCCACAUUUUAUUACGUUACAGCCUUAUUCUAAAAUGGAUUCAAUGGGUUUUUUCCCUCAUCAAUAUACACACAAUACAGCAUAAUGAAAUAGCAAAAGUAGCUCAGUUGGUAGAGCAUGGCGCUUGCAACGCCAGGGUUGUGGGUUCGAUUCCCACGGGGGGCUAGUAUGAAAAAAUGUAUGCACUCACUAACUGUAAGUCGCUCUGGAUAAGAGCAUCUGCUAAAUGACUAAAAUGUAAAUGUAAAAUGUAAAAACAGGUUUUUAGAAAUUUUAGCAAAUUUAUUACAAAUACAAAUCUGAAAUAUAUAACAUUUACAUAAGUAUUCAGACCUAUUACUCAGUACUUUGUUGAAGCACCUUUGGCAGCAAUUACAGCCUCAAGUCUUCUUGGGUACGACACUACAAGCUUGGCACACCUGUAUUUGGGGAGUUUCUCCCAUUCCUCUCUGCAGAUCCUCUCAAGCUCUGUCAGGUUGGAUGGGGAGCGUCGCUGCACAGCUAUUUUCAGGUCUCUCCAGAGAUGUUCGAUCGGGUUCAAGUCCGGGCUCUGGCUGGGCCACUCAAGGACAUUCAGAGACUUGUCCCGAAGCCACUCCUAUGUUGUCUUGGCUGUGUGCUUAGGGUCGUUGUCCUGUUGGAAGGUGAACCUUCACACCAGUCUGAGGUCCUGAGCACUCUGGAGCAGGUUUUCAUCAAGGAUUUCCCUGUACUUUGCUCCGUUCAUCUUUCCCUCGAUCCUGACUAGUCUUCCAGUCCCUGCCGCUGAAAAGCAUCCCCAGAGCAUGAUGCUGCCACCAUCAUGCUUCCCCGUAGGGAUGGUGCCAGGUUUCCUCCAGACGUGGAGCUUGGCAUUCAGGCCAAAGAGUUAAAUCUUGUUUCUCAUGGUCUGAGAGUCCUUUAGGUGCCUUUUGGCAAACUCCAAGCGGGCUGUCAUGUGCCUUUUACUGAGGAGUGGCUUCCGUCUGGCCACUCUACCAUAAGGGCCUGAUUGGUGGAGUGCUGCAGAGAUGGUUGUCCUUCUGGAAGGUUCUCCCAUCUCCACAGAGGAACUCUGGAGCUCUGUCAGAGAGACCAUCGGGUUCUUGGUCACCUCCUUGACCAAGGCCCUUCUCCCCCGAUUGCUCAGUUUGGACGGGCGGCCAGCUCUAGGAAGAGUCCUGGUGGUUCCAAAGUCUCAUAGCAAAGAGCCUGAAUACUUAUGUAAAUAAGGUAUUUCAGUUUUUUAUUUUUAAUACAUUUCCAAACAUAAAAACAAAAAAUCUGUUUUCACUUUGUCAUUAUGGGGUAUUGCAUGCAGAUUGAUGAGGGAAUAAGGCUGUAACGUAAAAAAAUAAAAAAAAGUGGAAAAAGUCAAGGGGUCUGAAUGCUUUCCGAGCCCAUAGAGCUCUGGUCAAAAGUAGGGCACUAUUUAUCUAAUAUUGUGCCAUUUGGGACACAGACUUAACAGGAUGAAGACUAUCAGAACGUUACUCUACACGACGUCAGGUAUAGCUAUCGGAUCCAAUACCGAAUGAAUACAUGGAUCACUCACUAAUUGCGUAUUUAAGAUCUCAUUUGUUCGCUUCACACUUUAGUACUGUGAAUAGGAUCCAAGCUAAACACUGCAUUCAGACAGCUUGAUUGACGUGUCCGGUCAUCCUCGGAGUGUGAAUGUGAAAUCCGUCAUUGAAGACGUACUUAUUGGUUUACUUGCCGACAGACAUUCAUCAUUAGUGAUUCAGUGUGGUUUCACCGCUCACUGUCUUGGCAAGAACAAUGAGUCGUCUUUGUGAGAGGCUGACAUUUUGAUUUGGCCGCUCCCCAAGCUCAACUGCUGCUACCAAUCAAGACAUCAACGUAAAACACUCAGCAGCGAGGUUUAGCAGUGGCAGGACCACUAUGGAAAUAAAACGAGGUUUAGCAGUGGCAGGACCACUAUGGAAAUAAAACGAGGUUUAGCAGUGGCAGGACCACUAUGGAAAUAAAACGAGGUUUAGCAGUGGCAGGACCACUAUGGAAAUAAAACGAGGUUUAGCAGUGGCAGGACCACUAUGGAAAUAAAACGAGGUUUAGCAGUGGCAGGACCACUAUGGAAAUAAGAUAAAUGAGACUCCAGGCUUUAUGCUGCUUUUUAUCCCCCUUCAUUGUUUAUGUAUGUCAUGUCUCCAGGUGGAGCAGCCUACUACUGUUCAUUAUCAAAUUAAUUAAAUCAAUCAAUGUUUGCCACUUCUCAGGUUGAUAACCUUGAAUUAAUCAAUAUAUUUGAUGAUACUCAAGAUAACCCCAUUGGUUAGGCGCUGUCAUCACAUCUCAAUAUUGGUUAGGCGCUGUCAUUACAUCUAGUCACCAGACUUUUACAACAAUCAAACAUUUUUUAAACGGAUUGAGAGUAUGAGAAAGAUUGAUGACAUUAAAAACAAGAGCACCUUAAAUCCCAGACCCAGGACAACAUGGGAGCGGUGUAUAUUGGAAUAUUGUUAAUGUGGGAGGCAACCUGUCUGCCUACCUAGGGAGACUCACCUUGUCAUCAAGAUCAAUUAGCUAGGGAGACUCACCUUGUUAUGAAGCUCGUCAUCAAGAUCAAUUCAACUCAAUGCUCUCUCUCCUCCGUGACAGAGGCUGAAGUGCAUAUAACCCCUGGGAGCCAGCCUCCCUGUGCCAAGGCAGAGCAGGGCCAGCUGUGGUUCAACACUCUGAAGAAAGGCCUGUUCCUGUGUGAUGGACUGCUGUGGCUGCCUCUGCUGCAAGGUGAGAUGAGUCUCCGAAAUAGUAGAUUUCAGACCAGGAGUAGGCAACCUGGUUCUGCAGUGCCACAGGCCAUGUCAUGUUUUUGAUUCAAUGGGAGACCAGGUGUGAAGAAUUUAGCCAAUUAAAAGUUUGGUGAGGUGAUUGGUAGAACCAGAGGUGGUCGUUUGGCUCUGGCCCUCCAGGCUAGCCUCCUCCUUGUCUAAAUGUUGUCUCGUGUUCAGGAACAAUCACUUAUUCUAUAGCCUAGAUGCAUCAGUCACAACUGACCGACUGAAUAACGCUAGUCUCUAAUGCACAGAGAAAGAGCGUCUGGACUAUGUGGAAGACUACCAGGACCUUUACACCAACUCAGAGACGUUCGACAUCGAGGUGUUCCACAUCCCCUCCCAAGGACUGUUCGCUGCCACAGCCAAUCGCGAGACCAAGCCGGGCUCUGGGAUCUACAAGUGGGUAGAUGGGAAGUUUCAAGUGUAUCAGAACAUCACCACCUAUGAAGCACGUGCAUGGAAGUACUUCACUGUGGGCAACAAGGUGAGUACCUGUCUAGGUAUAGUCUCUGGUCAAAAUGAGUGCACUAUAAACAGUGUAGGGUGCCAUUUGGGACACAGGCAAAGUAUUCAAGUAAUCUUUAAUACGACUAGUGACUAGUUCGACAUGAUAAACUUUCCCAGUGGCCAUGGCUGGUUGUGAUGACAUCAUCUGGAUGAAGCUUCCUCAGACCUCUGUUUAUGAGGGAGACGGGGAACAGGUCUGCUCUUAACAACAGAGGCUGCACCUAGAACAAACACAACACAACCUGUGUAAUGUCCACAGCUGCUCCCAGUCCCUGCAACACAGAGGCCCUUUGAUGUGGGUUUAGGAACCUGGGAGGAGGGCGCUGAAGACCUGCUGUGCUACUUUCAUAAAACCACACAUGUAUAAAAAUCACAGAAAUGUAUUUUGUCUGAUGUUAUGAUGAUUUAUGACUAACGCCUCUCCACUUCCCCUUAGUGUCAUCUCACAGUUAAUUACAGCUGGGAGUCUCUGUUCUGUCAAUACCUGCUGCAGUGUAAUUAUCACUGGGGUUGUGUCUGAAAUGGCGCCCUAUUCCCAGCACCCAAUUGGUCCAUGGUUAAAAGUAGUGCACUAUGUAGGGGAAUAGGGUGCCAUUUUGGACGUACAUUAGGUGUUUUCUCACUCACCGUGUUGUUCACCUGUUCUUCUUGAUCAUGGUGUUACGUUACAUUUGAUGUGAGGAAAGAUGGUAUUAAACUGGACUGUGAAUGAACUGACAUUUUCCCUCGAAGUAUGAAGUACACUGGAAUGUAUAGCGGACGUUUUACGGCUCCUGACUAAUUCUGCUAUUUGUGUGUUUUUUUUUUGUGGUUGUUGCUGCUUGAUCGUAACUUUUGUUGUACAUAAUGUUUCCGUUAUCGUGUCCUAUGACCGAAAAGACAUCAGAACAGGCGAUCAUUAAUAUUAACGUGAUUUGGAUUAAGAUUUCUACUUCGGCUUGCAAGCGACCCCCUUUUUCCUUCAAACAUAACGAUGGUCAUUAUGGCCAAACAGUUCUGUUUUAGUUAGUGAGUGCAUACAUUUUUUUCAUACUGGCCCCCCGUGGGAAACGGACCCACAACCCUGGCGUUGCAAGCGCCAUGCUCUACCAACUGAGUUACAGGGGACUAUUAUGGCGGUUUUGGAGCAGUGGCUUCUUCCUUGCUGAGCGGCCUUUCAGGUUAUGUCGAUAUAGGACUUGUUUUACUGUGGAUAUAGAUACUUUUGUACCUGUUUCCUCCAGCAUCUUCACAAGGUCCUUUGCUGUUGUUCUGGGAUUGAUUUGCACUUUUCGCACCAAAGUACGUUCAUCUCUAGGAGACAGAACGCGUCUCCUUCCUGAGUGGUAUGACGGCUGCAUGGUCCCAUGGUGUUUAUACUUGCGUACUAUUGUUUGUACAGAUGAAUGUGGUACCUUCCGGCGUUUGGAAAUUGCUCCCAAGGAUGAACCAGACUUGUGGAAGUCUACAAUAUUUUUUCUGAGGUCUUGACUGAUUUCUUUUGAUUUUCCCAUGAUGUCAAGCAAAGAGGCACUGAGUUUGAAGGUAGGCCUUGAAAUACAUCCACAGGUACACCUCCAAUUGACUUAAAUGAUGUCAAUUAGCCUAUCAGAAGCUUCUAAAGCCAUGACAUCAUUUUCUGGAAUUUUCCAAGCUGUUUAAAGGCACAGUCAACUUAGUGUAUGUAAACUUCUGACCCACUGGAAUUGUGAUGCAGUGAAUUAUAAGUGAAAUAAUCUGUCUAUAAACAAUUGUUGGAAAAAUUACUUGUGUCCUGCACAAAGUAGAUGUCCUAACCGACUUGACAAAACUAUAGUUUGUUUACAAUGAAUUUGUGGAGUGGUUGAAAAACGAGUUUUAAUGACUCCAACCUAAGUGUAUGUAAACUUCCGACUUCAACUGUACAUAUCCCAACCAGAAGCCAUUGAUAUCAGGCAACAUCCGCACUGAGCUAAAGGCUAGAGCUGCCGCUUUCAAGGACUAACCCGGAUGCCAGCUAUGCCCUCCGACGAACCAUCAAACAGGCAAAGCGUCAAAACAGGACCAAGAUCAAAUCCAACUACACCGGCUCUGACGCUUGUCAGAUGUGGCAGGGCUUGCAAACUAUCAAGGAUUAUAAAGGGAAACCGCGAGCUGCCUAGUGACGCAAGCUUACCAGACAAGCUAAAUGCCUUCUAUGCUCGUUGAGGCAAGCAACACUGAACCAUACGUGAGAGCACCAGCUGUUCCGGAUGACUGUGCAAUGACACUUCCAUAGCCAAUGUGGGUAAGACCUUUAAACAGGUUAACAUUCACAAGGCCAGACCAGGCGUUGUCAGAGCAAAGACUCCAGCCACCCAAGUCAUAGACUAUUCUCUAUUCUACCGCACGGCGAGCGAUACCGACGCACCAAGUCUGGAACCAACAGAUCCCUGAACAGCUUCUACCCCCAAGCCGCAAGACUGCUGAAUAGUUAGUUAAAUAGUUAACCAAAUAGCUCCCCGGGACUAUCCGCAUUGACCCUUUUUGCACUCACUUUUUUUUAUUAAUCACAUACGCUGCUGCUACUGUUUAUUAUCUGUCACUUUGUUCCUAGUUAUAUGUACAUAUCUCCCUCAAUUACAUCCUACCCCUGCACGUCGACUCAGUACUGGUAUCCAGAUUUUCAUACAGUUUCUUUACCAUACCGGGGGUAUACGGUAUAACCGGAAGUGCACACAAGGGGGGCUAUUUCAAAAUAAUAAUAAUAAUAAUAAUACUUUUUGUACAUGCUGACCAAACCGGCCGCUGUGCGAGCAUUGCAACAUUAAUUUACACCUACAUGUUACUCAAUAAUUUUCGUCCAAACUGCUGGCGUGCGUCAACGGCCAUCUGCGUAGCCAGUCACUAAAAUAGAACUUGGUUCUCUUUUAGAAGCCUGACUAGCUGCAAGUCCCGCCUCUCCCAUCUACUGAUUGGUUUGUAGGAGCAUAUAUAUUAUUAUUAUUAUUAUUAUAGCAUAUACCCACGUGGGUGAUUUGAAAGAUGAACGAGGUCCAGGUUGGUGGCGGUAAUGUACCUUAAAGUUGGUUGCCAACCGCCAUUUAAAAUCCACAGAAGAAGAAGAACGAUGAAUAAUAUAAUAUAAUAAGCCAUUUAGCAGACGCUUUUAUCCAAAGCGACUUACAGUCGUGAAUGAGGAGAGAAUAAUAGAAGAAAACUAACUAGGUUUCCACUUUUUAUAUGUAGAUUAAUUGUCGUAGAGAACACGUGAUUUUGUAUGACUCAAAAUAGGUCACAAUUCUACAAAGAUCCAGCAAAAAAAAAAGGAACAUGUGCAUUUCAGGUAAAAUAACAACCCAAUGUUUAUCUCCCAUGACAAAUUAGCUAGCAACAGCAAGCUAGCUAAAUGUCCAUGAAUGUUUCAUGUCUGUUUCGACCUGUCCCCAAAUUAAUAUAAUUGGUUCACAGUUGGUUUUGGUAUUUUAACCUACGUGUCGUGAACUUAUCUGGUGGGGAUAGACAAAAUCAACAUUUGCACGUGCGGAUCCGGUUUGGUCGGCAAGUUAGCAAACCAAAUGCACCUCUGCAUGGUUCUACUCUUAUGUUCUACAACAGGUUCUCUUGGUUCUGCUAUUGAUUAUAUCCGUUCUACUCUUCUGUUCUACAACAGGUUCUCUUGGUUCUGCUAUUGAUUAUAUCCGUUCUACUCUUCUUGAUUGUCCUCCUGGUCAGAUGUUCCUAGCGGUGGCUAACUCCAAGGGCCAGCCUGGUGGGGAGUGGGAGGAGUCAGUGAUCUAUAAGUGGAGCAGCAGGAAGUUAAUGUUCCUUCGCUAUCAGACCAUAGAGACACACAGUGCUCUGGACUGGGAGGCCUUCAGCAUACAGGAAGAACAUUUCCUGGCUGUGGCCAAUCACAGACGAGGUAAGGUACCCCUGGCAAAUCACAGAACAGGUCAUCUCAGAACUCAGAACCAAAUCUUGCAUGUGAUGGCCAGCUAAAUGUAUUCGAACAGUCUGCCAUAAGAGACGACAGGCGAAGUACAAUCCAGUCUGUCUGCCAAUAACGACUGUGUUGUAAACUUUGGAAGGAUUAUGGGAGAAAGGAUCAAAUUCCACCAAUAAUCCCAGUCAAAGAUUGUGCUCAGCAAAUUACAAUACGAUGUUUAAAGACCAGUAAGAUUUACCCAACCAAGAAUACCUCCCUGAUUACUCUCAGUCCACAGUCUCUCUGCUAGCAUCAAUGGAGUAAGAGGGGCUACUGGGGGCUGGGGGCUGGGGGCUGGGGGGGGCUGGGGGUUGGGGGCUGGGGGCCUGCUGGGCUGGGGGUUGGGGGCCUGCUGGGCUGGGGGCUGGGGGCUGGGGGCUGCUGGGCUGGGGGCUGGGGGCUACUGGGCUGGGGGCUGCUGGGCUGGGGGCUGGGGGCUGGGGGCUGCUGGGCUGGGGGCUGGGGGCUGCUGGGCUGGGGGCUGGGGGCUGGGGGCUGCUGGGGCUGGGGGCUGGGGGCUACUGGGCUGGGGGCUGCUGGGCUGGGGGCUGCUGGGCUGGGGGCUGGGGGCUGGGGGCUACUGGGCUGGGGGCUGGGGGGCUGCUGGGCUGGGGGCUGCUGGGCUGGGGGCUGCUGGGCUGCUGGGCUGGGGGCUGCUGGGCUGGGGGCUGCUGGGCUGGGGGCUGCUGGGCUGGGGGCUGGGGGCUGCUGGGCUGGGGCUGCUGGGCUGGGGGCUGCUGGGCUGGGGGCUGCUGGCUGGGGGCUGGGGGCUCUGGGCUGGGGGCUGCUGGGCUGGGGGCUACUGGCUGGGGGCUGCUGGGCUGGGGGCUGCUGGGCUGGGGGCUGCUGGGGUCUGCUGGGCUGGGGGCUGCUGGGCUGGGGGCUGCUGGGCUGGGGCUGCUGGGCUGGGGGCUGGGGGCUGCUGGGCUGGGGGCUACUGGGCUGGGGGCUGGGGGCUGCUGGGCUGGGGGCUACUGCUUGGGCUGGGGGCUGCUGGGCUGGGGGCUACUGGGCUGGGGGCUGGGGCUACUGGGCUGGGGGGUUGUUGGGCUGGGGGCUGGGGGCUGCUGGGCUGGGGGUUGUUGGGCUGGGGGCUGGGGGCUGCUGGGCUGGGGGCUGCUGGCUGCUGCAGGUGUACUGGCUGUGCUGCUGGGGGUUGCUCUGCUAUAACUGUUAGAUGUCUUGUUAGAUCCAUGAAAAGCUCUCCUUUAUGGCUCUUUAUGGGCCUUUUGAGCUUUCAUCAAUGAAAGAGAGGGAACACUAUAACUUCACAGGACGGGAAGGGAGAGGUGGAGGGAAGGGAGAGGAGAGGAGGGAAGGGAGAGGUCUGGGGGAGGAAAGGGGACGUAGGAUGAGGAGGGAGAGGAGAGGGGAGGAGGGAAGGAGAGGUGGACGGGAAGGGAGAGGAGAGGAGGAGGAGAGGGCGAGGAGGAUGGAGGGAAGGGAGAGGGGGAGGGAAGGGAGAGUGAGGGAGGGAUGGGAAAGGGAGAGGAGGCAGGGAAGGGAGAGGGGGAGGGGAAGGGAGAAGGAGAGGAGGAGGAAGGGAGAUGGAGGAUGAGGAGGGAAGGGAGAGGGAGGGGGGGAGGGGAGGAAGGGAGAGGGAGGAAGGGAGGGAGGGAAGGGAGAGGAGAGAGGGAGGGAUGGGAGGGAGAGGGGGAGGGAAGGGAGAGGGGGAGGUGGGAAGGAGAUGGAGGGAGGGAGGGGAAAGGGAGAGGGGGGAGGGAAGUGGAGAGGAGAGGAGGAGGAAGGAGAGAGGGGAGAGGGAAGGGAAGAGGAGGAGGAGAGGUGAUGGAAGGGAGGUAGACGAGGAGGAGAAGGGAGGAGAGGGGGAGGGAAGGGAGAGGUGGAGGGAAGGAGAGGAGGAGGGAGGGAAGGGAGGGAGGGAGAGGGAGACGGGAGAGGAGAGGAUGGAGGUGGGGGAGGGGGAAGGGAGAGGAGAGGAGGGAGUGGAAGGGAGAGGGGGAGGGAAGGGAGAGGGGAGGAGGGAAGGGAGAGGUGGAGGGAAGGGAGAGGAGAGGAGGGAAGGGAGAGGUGGAGGGAAGGGAGAGGUGGAGGGAAGGGAGAGGUGGAGGGAAGGGGAGGGGGGGGGGGAAGGGGGAGAGGAGGAGGGGAGGUGGAGGGAAGGGAGAGGCGAGGAGGGAAGGGAGAGGUGGAGGGAAGGGAGAGGUGGAGGGAAGGGAGAGGAGAGGGGAGGGAAGGGCGAGGUGGAGGGAAGGGAGAGGAGAGGGGAGAAGGGAAGAGGAGGGAGGGAAGGGAGAGGUGGAGGAAGGAGAGGUGGAGGGAAGGAGAGGAGAGGAGGGAAGGGAGAGGGGAGGGAAGGGAGAGGUGGGGGACGGGAGGUGGAGGGAAAGGGAGAGGUGGAGGAAGGAGAGGAGAGGAGGGAAGGAGGGGUGAGGAGGGACGGGAGAGGAGAGGAGGGAAGGAGAGGAGAGGAGGGAAGGAGGAGGUGGGAGGGAGGAGGGAAGGGUGAUGAAGAGAGGGGAAGGAGGUGGAGGGGAAGGGUGUGCACUGAGAUGGGAUGCAAAGAGUCACAGGAAUAACAAAAUCAAAGAUAAUCUGAUCCAAACCCACAAAAAAAAAACAAAGCUGAAAGCUGGAAGCAUACCGCCUGUAUAUGACGAAGUUUGGUAGAAGGGUUUUCAGAUGUCUGUAGCUUCACAGAUAUUUUACAUUUUACUUUAACAUUGUUACAGUAUGUGGUGUUUGUUUCAAUUACGGCAUCGUUUCUCAAUCAAAGUUAGUACCGACAAAUGUAGCCUAUUGAAUAUUAUUACAGAAUAUGCAUAAAAUACAUCCUCCAAUUGCAACGUAGAUUUUUUAAUACCCUCAAACACCAAGUUAGUCAUACAUACUUUUAAAAAAGACAAUCACUGUCAGUUGUGAAUUAUAAUUCUUCACGUUUUACCGGUGAAAUAUCCAAACUGUCUCUGCAUGCCAAUCAAUUGAUCUCAAUCAGUUUAAAGGGAAUAUACAUUUAGAUCUUCUUGAAUGACUGUUACUGACCGAAUUAGAGGAGAUGGCGUUAACAAACUAUUAGCCUUUCUUGUAUUUUGUUCCAAUCAAAUCAAAUCAAAUUUUAUUUGUCACGUACACAUGUUUAGCAGAUGUUAUAGCGGGUGUAGCGAAAUGCUUGUGCUUCUAGCUCCGACAGUGCAGAAAUAUCUAACAAGUAAUAUCUAACAAUUUCACAACAGUCAAAGCAUAUAUCCCAUAAAGCCUAGUGGCUCGUGCUGUUCAGUUUUGGCCGCACAAGGAAAUCAGUGUGACUAUUCAGCUUCAGCUAACCGUCCUAAAACGCCACUGGAAAGGAGGGGUUUGGGGCGUAACAUGCUGGGCUAUUAUAUUGGGUUCUGUUACAGCGCGCUCCAACAGUAUUGGGACAGGGACACAUGUGUUGUUGUUUUGGCUCUGUACUCCAGCACUUUGGAUUUGGAAAUGAUACAAUGACUGUGAGGUUAAAGUGCAGACUGUCAGCUUUUAAUUUGAGGGUAUUUUCAUCCAUUUAGAAAUUACAGCACUUUUUGUACAUAGUCCCCCCCCAUUUUAGAGGACCAAAAGUAUUGGGACAAAUUAACUUUUGUGUAUUAAAGUAGUAUUUGGUCCCAUGUUCCUAUAGCAUGCAAUGAUUACAUCAAGCGUGUGACUCUACAAACUUGUUGGAUGCAUUUGCUGUUUGUUUCGGUUGUGUUUCAGAUUAUUUUCUGCCCAAUUGAAAUGAACGGUAAAUAAUGUAUCGUCUCAUUUUGGAGUCACUUGUAUUGUAAAUAAAAAAUAUGAUAUAUUUCUAAACACUUCUACAUUAAUGUGGAUGCUACCAUGGUUACGGAUAAUCCUGAAUGAAACGUGAAUAAUGAUGAUAUCAUAUCCUCCAAAAAAUGCUAACCUCCCCUGUUAUUGUAAUGGUGAGAGGUUAGCAUGUCUUGGGGGUAUGAUAUAAAAUGCUAACCUCCCCUGUUAUUGUAAUGGUGAGAGGUUAGCAUGUCUUGGGGGUAUGAUAUAAAAUGCUAACCUCCCCUGUUAUUGUAAUGGUGAGAGGUUAGCAUGUCUUGGGGGUAUGGUAUUUGUGCGUCUGUAACUUUCUCACUCAUCAUUAUUCACGAUUCAUUCAGGACUAUCCGUAAUCAUGGUAGCAUCCACAGGAAUGUAGAAGUGUUUAGAAACCUGCUGGGCACAAUCUUUGACUGACACUAUUGGCCAUAUUUUUUCUUGGUGAAUGGUUAAAAGGUUGAAAAGGUACAGUUUGUGCCGUGGUGUUCAAUCCCGUCCGUGUAUUUUCCAGGGGACAACAAUCACAACAUCGACAGUGUGAUUUACCGUUGGAACCCAGGGACCAAGGUGUUUGAGGUGAAUCAGACCCUCGAGACGUCUGGGGCCUACGACUGGGAGUUCUUCUCUGUGGGCCCAUACCACUUCCUGGUGGUGGCCAACACCUUCGAUGGAAUAUCCACCGACAUCAACUCCACCAUAUACAUCUGGCUGGGAGGAAUGUUCCAGCCCUUUCAGUACAUCAAGGUGAGACACUGGUCCAGUUAGUAGCUAUAAGGCAUAGCUAGGGUUGCAAAAUCCCAGGUUUUCCAGAAAUCACAGUUGGAAGUUUCCCUGGAAUUUGGCAGAAAUAAGCAAGAAAAUCUGGGAAUCCUCCAACCGGGAUUUCUGGAAAACUUGGGAAUUUGGGGAAAGUUACCAGAAUUUUGCAACACUAGGCACAGCGUAUGGGAGUGUUCAAUUGCCUCCGUCCGAGGCCUUGGGUCUUUGUGGCAAAGGGAGUAGAGCAUUUGCCUAUGCACAGCAGGAUCAUAGAAUCACGCCCCCUACGGCUGUUCCUGUUCUCCCUCACUCUUUCCAGACCCUUAAGUACAAUAAGGUGAGAUGAUUGUCCAGUACAUCAUUUACUAUGGCCCCAAGGGGUGUAUAAGGCCUCCAUUUACUAUGGCCCCAAGGGGCGUAUAAGGCCUCCAUUUCUCCCUGUCCAGGUUAUUCUAGACAUCUCUCCAGGUGAGCCAUAGACUUGACUAGUAUUAGUCUUGAGCCAGAGUAAAUCCAGAGUAUUUAAACAGAUAUGAAAACAGCCAGAUGAGAGCAGGCUGUGUCCUCAUCAUAAAGGGAAAGGAAUGUGAAGAGGUGAAAGGAAGCUCCCCUUCAUGAGUCACACUAAUGAAGAGGUCAAAGGAAGCUCCCCUUCAUGAGUCACACUAAUGAAGAGGUGAAAGGAAGCUCCCCUUCAUGAGUCACACUAAUGGGUAGUGCUGAGCGAUUAACCGAAAUGUCGGUUUAUUUUUGUUUUUUAAAUAACUAAUUGACCAACGUUGGUUCAGUUACUUGAAUUCCAUUUAGUUAGUUCUGAGAGCGGUUGCUUAGGUGUCUCUACCCGACAAUACAUCUAAUUGAUUGAUAGUUGUUAUUUAACAGUGUUACAAGUAUCCCUUAUCUACUGUGAAGAACUACUGAAAUUGUGAUUUCGUCAGACGGCAGCCAGCUAGUCAGAAGCAUGACACUUUGGGGAGCACAGAGAUCGAUGGCUGGCUGGCUGCUACUGCCUGAGUAGAGAUGAGAUCGAUGGCUGGCUGGCUGCUACUGCCUGAGUAGAGAUGAGAUCGAUGGCUGGCUGGCUGCUACUGCCUGAGUAGAGAUGAGAUCGAUGGCUGGCUGGCUGCUACUGCCUGAGUAGAGAUGAGAUCGAUGGCUGGCUGGCUGCUACUGCCUGAGUAGAGAUGAGAUCGAUGGCUGGCUGGCUGCUACUGCCUGAGUAGAGAUGAGAUCGAUGGCUGGCUGGCUGCUACUGCCUGAGUAGAGAUGAGAUCGAUGGCUGGCUGGCUGCUACUGCCUGAGUAGAGAUGAGAUCGAUGGCUGGCUGGCUGCUACUGCCUGAGUAGAGAUGAGAUCGAUGGCUGGCUGGCUGACUGCUACUGCCUGAGUAGAGAUGAGAUCGAUGGCUGGCUGGCUGGCUGCUACUGCCUGAGUAGAGAUGAGAUCGAUGGCUGGCUGGCUGCUACUGCCUGAGUAGAGAUGAGAUCGAUGGCUGGCUGGCUGCUACUGCCUGAGUAGAGAUGAGAUCGAUGGCUGGCUGGCUGCUACUGCCUGAGUAGAGAUGAGAUUGAUGGCUGGCUGACUGCUACUGCCUGAGUAGAGAUGAGAUCGAUGGCUGACUGACUGCUACUGCCUGAGUAGAGAUGAGAUCGAUGGCUGGCUGACUGCUACUGCCUGAGUAGAGAUGAGAUCGAUGGCUGGCUGACUGCUACUGCCUGAGUAGAGAUGAGAUCGAUGGCUGGCUGACUGACUGCUACUGCCUGAGUAGAGAUGAGAUCGAUGGCUGGCUGACUGACUGCUACUGCCUGAGUAGAGAUGAGAUUGAUGGCUGGCUGACUGCUACUGCCUGAGUAGAGAUGAGAUCGAUGGCUGGCUGACUGCUACUGCCUGAGUAGAGAUGAGAUCGAUGGCUGGCUGACUGCUACUGCCUGAGUAGAGAUGAGAUCGAUGAUGACUUGGAAUAAAAUAAUGAGUAAUUAAAUAAAACAAUUUUAAUAUACACAACAACUUUGGACAGAAAAAGGCACAAUGCUCGCUCACCAUAAAAAAUACGUAGUUUUAUUGGACAAGUUUAAAAGAUUGACGUUUCGGCCUUCAAUGGCCUUCUUCAGAAUAAUCCCAAAGGGAAUGGACAAGUUCAUAUGGGGAAGACGAUGAGGGAGAAAAACUCUCUUCAGCAACUGAAAUAUUUUAUUAAAGUAAUGUAUUGUGAAUAAAGGAUGGUUUAUUAAGUGAUAUGCAGUAAUGGACAGUCACUACCAUCAUUGGGGUUUUAUUAAUUAAAUAAAAAGUCAUCAUCAUACUAAAAACAAACAUUAUGUGAAGUAAAGUCAUGUGAAUAAAUGAUGGUUAGAGCCUUAUAAGUGAUAGUAAUGGGCAGUCACUACCAUCAAUAGUUGUAUUCUGUGUUGUUGCAGCAUUGAACCCAGAUAAUGCAUAAAUAAAAUAAAAAUCGAAACCGAAAUUGAAAACAUUUAGAUUAUUUUCAAUAUUCCGAACCGACACCGAACCAAACCUCAAAAAAGCAGUAAUUGCUCAGCACUACUUAUGGGAGGCGAGAGUCGCCCCUUGUGGCUGGAGGAGGAGGAGGAGGAGGAGGAGGAGGAGGAGGAGGAGGAGGAGGAGGAGGAGGAGGAGGAGGGGGGGGAGGGGGGGGAGGGGGAGGAGGAGGAGGAGGAGGAGGAGGAGGAGGAGGAGGAGGAGGGGAGGAGGAGGAGGAGGAGGGGAGGAGGAGGAGGAGGAGGGGGAGGAGGAGGAGGAGGAGGGGGAGGAGGAGGAGGAGGAGGAGGAGGAGGAGGAGGAGGAUGAGGAUGAGGAGGGCUAGGAACAACCUGGGAGGUGAGAAGACACUCAGCUCCUCUGGCUGUGAACCUCAACUCCAGUUGUAACCUCAGUCAGUCAGGCACGCUGCAGGGCGUGAGAGGCCAGACAGAGAUGACAUCAAAGGCUCUUAGUCGAGGCUUCACUCAGCGACUAUCCUCUGGAGCUUAUAGUAUGAUAGCAUCAUCAGCUGUGUGGAGCUCCCCACAUUGUUACUCAUAGAAAAUAUUAUUAACGUAAACUCAAAAAGCAAUAAGUUAAGUUGAAGUGAGAACAUUAUUGUCCAUGGCCCUCUUAGGAAAUUGAUCUAAUCCGACCAUAGCCAAACAGGUAUGAACCUUCUCUCUGAACAGGUUUAUUAAUGUUAACUCAAAAGGAGUAUGAUGAGAUGAAGUGAGGUUUAAUCGUCCUGUCAUUCAGGUACACAGUGACCUAGCUUCUCCCGACCUAGCUCUGAUCCUGUGAUGAUAGAUGACAUUUAGUGUACAUGAUUUAAAGUUGUUGAUGACAUUAUGUUACAUUAUGUCAGACUCUAUUAUCAAAGUACAGGCAGUGUUUCACCUCCUGUUCUAUACCUGUUGACUCAGUGCAAUCAUAAUUACUCUCUAAGAUAUCGCUCUCUAAAAUAUCACUCUCUAAAACAUCACAGCUCUGGGUUUAUGGCUCUGGGUUUUCUACAUGGAUUCAGUCUGUUGUGACUGUUUAUGUGAGGAGAGAAUAGCUGCCUUGGCUGCUGUCCAACAGAAGAUCAAUCCUGAACAAGAGGCUGUUGUGGUUCUAGGCCUGUGUCCAAAAUGGCACCCUGUUCCCUUUAUAGUGCACUACUUUGGACCAGAGCCCAUAGGGAAUAGGGUACCGUUUGGGACUCAGGCUAAAAGCCGACUAUAGAAGGAUGUGUCAAUAGACCUCUACCUCUGCUGUACGGUUUGAAAGCGAGCAGGGUGUAAUUAAUGAUGAAGUACAAGUUAAAUCACUUAUCAUCCUGUGUACAUAUCAACAGCAGCCUGUACCCCCUCCACCACAUGUUAGACAUCAGAAAGACGUUUGGUCUCCGAGCUAGGGGGAAUUCCAGCGCUGCUAGUUACGCUUGAAGCCACCAUGGCUGUUUUGACAAGUUCUUUUGGGUGGGUCAAAGAGGGUACGUCCCAAAUGGCACUUUUAAUCCCUACAUUCCAUAUGGGCCCUGGUCAAAAGUAGUGCAUUAAAUAGGGAAUAGGGUGCUAUUUGGGAUACAGGCAGAGACUCCACAGCUUUAUCACAUUAGACUGUUGCUCUACUUCUCCUGGCAGCUGACUGUAUAUCCUGUACUUAACACCACAUGAUGAAACCACCGAUCAUUACUCAGGCUGUCUCUUCUACAGUAUAUGUCCCGAUCUCCAUCAUUGUAUGAAUCUGAGCUAAUCUGGGAGAAUGUUAACCCAGAACUACACUGAACAAAAAUAUAAACGCAACAUGCAACAAUUUCAAAGCUUUUACUGAGUUACAGUUCAUAUAAGGAAUUCAGUCAUUUGAAAUUAAUUCAUGAAGCCCUAAUCUAUGGAUUUCACAUGACUGGGAAUACAGAUAUGCAUCUGUUGGUCACAGGUAACUUAAAAAGAAGGUAGGGGUGUGGAUCAGAAAACCAGUCAGUAUCUGGUGUGACCACCAUUUUCCUCAUGCAGCGCGACACAUCUCCUUCACAUAGAGUUGAUCAGUCUGUUGAUUGUGGCCUGUGGAAUGUUGUCCCACUCCUCUUCAAUGGCUGUGCGAGGUUGCUGGAUAUUGGCGGGAACUGGAACAUGCUGUCAUAUACGUCGAUCCAGAGCAUCCCAAACAUGCUCAAUAGGUGACAUGUCUGGUGUGUAUGCAGGCCAUGGAAGAACUGGGACAUUUUCAGCUUCCAGGAUUUGUGCACAGAUCCUUGUGACAUGGGGCUGUGCAUUAUCAUGCUGAAACAUCAGUUGAUGGCAGCGGAUGAAUGGCACGACAAUGGGCCUCAGGAUCUCAUCAUGGUAUCUCUGUGCAUUCAAAUUGCCAUUGUUAAAAUGCAAUUGUGUUCGUUGUCCGUAGCUUAUGCCUGCCCAUACCAUAACCCCACCGCCACCAUAGGGCACUAUGUUCACAACGUUGACAUCAGCAAACCGCUCACCCACACCACGCCAUACACAUGGUCUGUGGUUGCUCGCUCCCUCAAACCGUGAGACAUCUGUGGCAUUGUGUUGCACAUUUUAAAGUGGCCUUUUAUUGUCCCCAGCACAAGGUGCACCUGUGUUAUGAUCAUGCUGUUUAAUCAGCUUCUUGAUAUGUCACACCUGUCAGGUGGAUGGAUUAUCUUGGCAAAGGAGAAACGCUCACUAACAGGGAUGUAAACAAAUUUGUGCACAACAUUUGAGAGAAAUACGUUUUUUGUGCGUAUGGAAAAAUUCUGGGAUCUUUUAUUUCAGCUCAUGAAACAUGGGACCAACACUUUACAUGUUGCGUUUUAUAUUUUUGUUCAGUGUAGAUAUUCCUACUGUGUUGAAUUAUUGUCCACGAGGGUCAGUAUGUUCUGAAAACUCUCUGUUUCUGUCUUGCUGACCCUGAUCCUUCUCCCUGACCCUUAACCUCUGACCCCUGCAGACGGUGGGAGCAACGGACUGGGAGAUGUUUCAGAUAGGGAAUCGGUACUUCCUGGCGGUGGCUAAUGGUCAGAAACUGAACGAGAGAGGUCCUAGUCAUUACAACAUCAACUCAACCAUCUACGAGCUGAACAGCAUCACACAGACCUUCAUCAAGUUCCAGGACAUCGUCACAAACAGGUCAGCCACUGAGCCACAUCAGAGGGCAUUUUGUCCUCUAAAGCCUCGUUUUUAUCCUUUAUAACAUAUUCUUUACCUCUUUGUCUGCUCUCCAAUGCAAUUUAAACAACUUUAUAUAUCCCUUUGGGGCAAUGCGUCAGACACAUGAACAACAAACCAUUGUACAAACAUGGGGCCUACACUCCAAAAUAGCUGUUGUGUUUUGAUCUUCGUAGUGCGGUGGACUGGGAAUUCUUCUCAGUGGGUGAAGAGAAGUUCCUUGUUGUGGCCAAUUCUCACGAUGGAUCCUCAUACUCUUUAAACAGUGUUAUAUACAGGUGAGGUACUCUUUAAACAGUGGUAAACCCUGUUAUUUCAUUGUGUUAAAAGUCCUUACAGUAAGCGGUUUCCUGUGGUAAAUGACUCAAAAGACCUCAAUUAAUACGAAGUGAAAACAUAAAUUGUUUGACCUAUGUCCUGCUGUGCUUGUCCCUCCAGGUGGCAGGGAUACGAGGGCUUUGUCCCUGUCCACCGGCUCCCAACCAUCGGCUGUACGGACUGGGAAUAUUUCAACACCACAGCAGGAUCCUUUCUCGUCUACUCUAGUGCCACCUCUCCCCUGUCUAAAGUCUUCACACUGAAGACCUACUGA